AUGCCCAGUGCUUUUAUGGAUCUAAUGAACACAGUCUUCAGACCUUAUCUAGACAAGUUUGUAAUUAUCUUUAUUGAUGACAUUUUGAUCUACUCAGCAACUAAAGAAGAGCAUGCACAAUAUUUACGUACAGUAUUGCAAAUCCUUCCAGAAGAGAAGGUUUAUGCUAAAUUCUCAAAGUGUGAGUUUUGGUUACAUGAAGUGGUCUUCCUUGGACAUGUGGUAUCUGGAGAAGGAAUCAGAGUGGAUAGAAAGAAAGUUGAAGCAAUCAUUGAUUGGGAACAACCAAAGAGUGUGUCUGAAGUUCAAAGUUUCCUUGGUUUGGCGGGUUAUUAUCGGCUUUUUGUGGAGGGGUUUUCUCAUAUUGCUGCACCUUUAUCAUGGUUGACUAGAAAGGAGGUAAAGUUUGUUUGGGAUGAGAAGUGUGAGAGCAGCUUCCAAGAAUUGAAGAGCCGCCUGACUUCAGCGCCAUUACUUACUCUACCUACUAGUGGUAAAGAGUUUGUAGUGUUCAGUGUUGCUUCACGACAGGGUCUUAGCAGUAGUGGUUUUUGCCCUAAAGAUUUGGCGAUAUUAUCUUUAUGGAUUGAAAUGCUUGAUUUACACCGAUCAUAA